UAAAGUGGUGUGAGCAAACAGUGUGGUAGUGUGUGUUGGGUUUGGUGAUGUGUGCAGCAGUCUGAGGUUUCGAAAGGAAAAAUCACUACAGCAAGCAAUUUGCAUCCCCAUUGUGACAGCGGUGCAAUAAAGGAAAAUUGCUUUGCGGUGGUCUCUCGGCAGUCAACACGCGGUUGUGGUGGUGGUGGUAACACACACUGCCGAACGAGCAUCCAAUUCACAUCCAAGGAGUCACGGAAAAAUAGCGUCCUCUAUCGGUGUUAGGAAAAAUAGCCACCAAACAUCCAAGCGAACAGGAAAGACUGAAUCACCCCUAAGUUCAAGCUGCUGGUCUACAAUACAGCGCAAAGCGAUAAUAGCUUUUAUCUUGCCUGCUAAACGUCGAGGAAAGAUAACGAAGGACAACGGGGACAACCCAUCAACAACAACAAGAGAGCAGCAACGAUAAGAGAAAAGUUGUGUGUUCGCUUAACGGUGGGAAUAAUUUACCACCGCUCGGGCAAAAGAGCAUAUAAUAGAUUGAACAGGAUUGCUCUAGUCGUCGCGGCACAGUAUUAGGAAGAUAGCCGGAACUCCUAAAAUCGAAACAGUAAAAAUGGCAUCCCAAAGAUUUUGCCUCCGGUGGAACAACCACCAGACAAACUUGCUCGCAGUGUUCGACCAGCUCUUGCACGAUGAAACAUUCAUCGAUGUGACGCUGGCCGUUGAAGGUCAGCACCUGAAGGCACAUAAGAUGGUGCUGUCCGCGUGCAGUCCUUACUUCCAGCAGCUUUUUGUCAGCCAUCCUGAGAAGCACCCGAUCGUGAUCUUGCGCGACGUUCCGUUCAAAGACAUGAAGUGUCUGCUGGACUUUAUGUACCGUGGUGAGGUGUCCGUCGAUCAGGAUCGACUCGCUGCCUUUCUGCGCGUGGCCGAAAGCCUCCGGAUAAAGGGUCUUACAGAGGUGAAUGACGAUAAACCGAUUGCACCAACGAGCACCGGGACAACAACAACAACCUCGACGGUAGCUUCAUCCGCAUCCGGUGCGGCACAAGGUGCUGGUGCCGUUGCUACCAACGCAGUUCCGAGUGCGUCCGCACAGAAGAACAGCAGCGGAGACAGUGUAACGCACGUGGACGAUGACGAUGAAGACCGUUGCUCUCCAGCAUCCAACAGUAUUUCGAUUGCAUCGAGUGUUGUGACCGCGGCUGGUCAGGUGCAGAGUACCGGUACCGGUCAUCUGAAGCAACUUCCUCCCCUACUCUCGUCCACCGGAAUCGUCACCCGAAGCCACAGCAACAGUUUGCUGCAGCAACAUCAUCAAGGUGGCAAUAGCAAUGCGAUGCUGCAAACGAACCCGCUGCUCGGUACGGCCCUCUCGCAACAGAAACGCAAACGAGGCCGCCCACGAAAGCUGUCGGGAAGCGAUGCGGGUGAAGGUGAAACCGACGGUAGUAACUUUAUUGAUGGUGGCGCCGGCGAAGAGUACGACAGCAAUUCGAUGGAUAUCAUGGACGUGAAGAUUGCCAGCUCCAGUGCCUCCAACUCGGGCGAUGAUGAUCAGCAGCUGCGUAUUGUGAGCAGCCGUACGGAGGAUUGCGACACUCCAAUGCACGAAAAAUCGGAACAAAUGGAUGACGACGAUGAUGAGGAAAUGGAUGACGAUGAGCUGGUUGAGGAUGACGAUUUGGAAACGGGCGAUGAACCUCGCGGAACCACACCAUCGCUGGACGAAUCUUUGGAAGUUACCACCGGCAACAAUGCAACACAUAAUGCUAACUCGAAUCGUACCGGUAGACAGCAGCAUCAACGACAAGGUGGCAAUAGUAGCGGUACACUGGCUAAGCCAUCGAGAGCAUCCAAACGAAGCCGGAUGGCAACUAGCGAGAACAGCAACAUGUCCGAUUUGUUGCAUGCAGGAUCCCUCCAAACGGAACUAUCGAUAUUCCCCAUCAAUCUGGAGAAGAAAAAUCAUCAACGCUAUCCAGAGAUUGUUAUUGAGGAAGAAAAGGAUUGCGACAACGGAAAGGCUCUUGUAAUAGCUGACCCUGCGCCACCUUUGCACCGAUCAAACCGAUCAAUUUUGCGCGAAUUCAAAUUUCCACUGUUGAAAGAGCUCCAACGAAAGGGAGCACUGCAGGAACUCACAAUAACCGAGCACCGUCGCACAUCGGAUAUCCACGAGAUAGUAGUAAACCAGAAUGGUAACGAGCUGAAAGAUGAUAGUUCAUCACCACCACCCAUGGCAAUGCAAGCGGACAAUAACUCGAACGUAGAUAACGGUCGUGCAAUCGAUAGCACGUAUGAUCUGAAAAAAGAAAUCGAUUUGAAACAACACCGUACACCAAAGACUGGUCCUAAAGGACCGAAGCGCCGUACGCGCAAAUCCCAAUCACCGAACGAUCCUGCCGAAGCACUCACGGAGAUGUCCGUCCGGGGGCUUGAUCUGUUCCGUUACGCUACGAUCAAGGCGGGAAUGUAUCAGUGCAUGGAGUGCAACAAGGACGGGAUCGAUAGCACGUUCAAGAACAAGUACAGCUUCCAGCGGCACGCGUUCCUGUACCACGAAGGGAAACAGCGUAAGGUGUUUCCGUGUCCGGUGUGUAGCAAAGAGUUUUCGAGGCCGGACAAAAUGAAGAACCAUUUGCGCAUGUUGCAUGAAUCAUACGAAACGAAGAUGUUCAUGUAUCGUCGGCACCCUGAGGAACCGUCGCUGUUGCAAAUGCAUCCACCGCAACAACAGCAUUACAAUCAUCACCAUCAAGCCGCAAACUCAGUAUCUAUGCAACAGUUGGAGGAAGAGCAACGACGCCGUCAACAGGAACAGGAUGUAAUGAAGAUUCGAAGCGUUGUUCAUGCUAUAAACCUUCGCCAGCUGCAACACUUUCAACAGCAGCAGGAACAGCAACAGCGGGAGCUAGGCCUACGUCAGUCACUUGAGGAGCAGAACCGACAGCAGCCGAUCAUAACCAAACAAAUGGAUGCUCCGACUGUUCCGGCGCAGCUCAUUGCUUUAAACGGUGUUGGAAGUCAAUGAGAUUGAAAUGCUACAUACAGGACCAUACCAUUACUUUACAAUUCAUCGUACAGACUGGAGUAAUAAGCUCACAGCAGUUUAAAGCCAUCUCAUCACAAGUUUCGCUUUGACUCGCCGUGUUCUUAAUAGAGUUGUUUUUAAAGCAACAAAGAAAGAAAUAAGCACAUAUGCUGCUCAACAAAACAAAAACGUAACUAAACCAUUGGAUUGAUAUAAACUAGGAUAGGUAUAUAUAUUAUUCAUGUCUGUAAGCUUCAUAUAUUAGGAAAUGUGCUAGAACAACACGUUCGCCGGGCAAACAUUUGCUAUAAAAUGAAUUGAGUCGUACAAAAGGAAAUGAUGCAACGACGCACAACUUCACAUAAAUGUGCCAUUUUCAAGAACUCAUUAAAACUGGAGGUUAAAAAAAGAAAGCAGCACAAUUUACAACAUCUUGCUAGAUUUAAAAGACCACGCGCCUCAUCGGAACAUUAAGAGACUGAGCAAGAGAGAUGCACAAUGAUCAGAUCAUUAAAUUACAGAAAAAGGAGAACAUCCAUACGUACUAUUAAACAUCGAUGGAUCUCUGUUACAGGAUAAGGCGUUUAGGUUAGUUUGGUCACUUUAGUUUGUUUAAAUAUACAGCCAUACAUUUACAUUUACGUGCUUUAGGUGUUUAGUGACGUACAGCUGCCAUAUCAGUACAGCUUAUAACUAUUAGCUGCCAUAGUGUACGAUUUGGUAACUUUUCUUACUCACACAUACACACUUGCAUUUGGUUUUGAUUGGUUAGAUUUAAUUUCGCAUUUCUUUUGUGAUAGAUCACACGUAUGAAUUUCUACUUAUUACACUAUACGAAACGGCACGAUGCUCACAGCAGCAAGGUAGCAAAAGCCCUUGUACAAUAUAAGUCAUUACAUACAGAUGCACCCCAGUGGAUUGUAGGUUAUUAGCCAAUAGAAAGGAAUUUGUUUAAAGAAAUAUGAAUCGAUAUUGUAGUGAUUAGAAUUUUGUAAUACAGCGCAAAAAAACAAAUGACUGCGUCUCUUUAUGAAAGAGACAACGUAGAGUAGUCUUCAGUUUAAGAGUGGUUAACUUAACAAAACACAACACUCCAGCGUCCAGUGAAUCCACUCCGCAUAGAGUAACGAGUCGUUAAACGCCAUGAUAUUGUUUGUACAUCUCAAUUUUAUCUUUACAAAGCAUACAGCGGAAUAUUAUAUUUGCAUGGAUAUAAAAGAAAUCAAAGAAUUAGCAGAAGCUAAACUAGAAUAAAGUAUACCUAUCUGGUUGGUAGUAUCUCUAGCGAUAAGGUAAUUGUUUGAAAAGGAUUUGCAA